CGUGGGGGCUCUUUUGGGGUACAUUAUAAACGCCUCUGUCAGUUACGUAGAUUCUAUACUUGAGUAAUUGCCAUAUGUAAACCAGGUACUGGUUAGGCUGAUUUGGCAGCAAAAGGAAUAUAUCGGGAAGCAAGCCUAUGGCAGGGGUCUCGGGCGAAGUUAGGUGGCCCUGCCUAACGGCCUCCUAGUGUUCGCUGCGCCACAUCGAAUCCUAUGCCCUGUAAACAAACUCUUAGACAUACCUACUUAUCGACGAAUUUAUUUUCUGCUAUCCUCUACCUAUCCCACAGAGGUUUAUAGUGAAAGAGGGGAUCGGCCGUUCAUACAGUAACCUAGGCGAAUAGUUCAGCACCCCGGUCCCGACCAGCCCUAAAUAGGAACCACCUAUUCGAGCAUUGCGGGGUCACAUUCAUCGGGUCUAUCUCCGGCAAGAAAAGACUUAUUCCUCAUGUAUUGAUGGAUCCAGUGAGCGCAAUCGGCGUAGCCGCCGCAGCUGUGCAAUUCACUGAGAUUGCCAUCAAAAUCACUAAUCGAAUCGCCGUCUUUACCGUAUUGCGCGAUAUACCCAAACAUGCCGAGGGCCCAAAAGCUUUCGUCGAGCGCCUACGCAGCCAGCUUGGCCUUCUCAAUAGCACUAUCCGGCGUAUCGAAGAUGGACUCUCGGGUUUCAAAGAAGGCUUACAAGAAAACGAACUUUUGGAACUCGGCAAUUAUAUCUCUAACCUUAAUCGCCAUGGCCAGAAGUUAGAUGAAUUACUCAAUAAAUAUCUCCCAAAUGACGAUGCUUCAACCCCUGCAAGGCUCUUGGCGGCCCUGAAAAGUAUCGCUAGCGAUAUUGAAAUCGACUCUGUGAUGAGUAGCAUCAACGAAUUACUCCCACUCCUUACUACCUUCCUACUUACAUCAAUGGCCUUCAAGACCGGUUUUAAUUUCACCAAAUCCAGUGGCCUUGCAGUUGGAACGAGUUCUGUUCAAAGACGUCCAAAUUCCGGUGCGAUCUAUCAAGUAUCUCGCCACGAAGUUCGACAUUUUGUUGAAAGGCCGGAAUUGAUAGUUGAGAUUGAUCGCUGUCUUAGUGAUGGAAGUAUGCAACCACCGAGGAUCGUUGUGCUGCAGGGAAUGGGAGGCCAGGGGAAGACACAACUAGCCCUUAGGUAUUGCGGAGCUGCGCGAUUUCAAAAGAACUUCCACUGCACACUGUGGAUAGAUGCGUCUACCAAGGCCUCUAUGAUACGCGGGUUGGAAGGAAUUGCGGAGGAGCUUAAUGAUAGCAAUGAGGCCCUGACAGACACCGACUCCAAAAUCGCAUUGGUGAGACGCAAAUUGACGGUUGGGAACAUGCCGUGGUUAUUGGUAUUCGAUAAUUACGACGACCCAACCGCCUUCGACCUCCGCGAUUACGUACCUAAGGGCCCCCUCGGAAAUGUACUGGUUACUAGUCGAAGUCCCGACGCCGAAAGGAUUGGUGCGAUGAUACGUAUUUCCGGUAUGACCGAGGACGAAGCAGUUAAAUUGUUAUUCAAGCAACUUGACACUACCGAAGAUGAGACGAAUAGACCGAUUGCAGCCGAAAUUGUGAGGAGACUCGGCUAUCUACCUCUCGCAGUUGAUCAAGCUGGAGCAUAUAUAAAGACAGAAGGACUCCCCUUGGCAAAUUUCCUCGAUCAUUAUGAGCGAUCUGCGAAAGAUAUUCUUGGGUCCGUUCCAACUCUGUGGGAGUACACGGAAUCCGCCCCGAGCCAAGAUGGGAAAGAGACGACAGACAUUGCAAAAACAGUCUUCACUACCUGGAAUCUAUCAUUUACGUUAUUGAAGCCAACAACACCAUUGGGAGCCUUGAAAGUCAAAGUCCUUUCGCUAUUAGCUUUCUUCGACGAGCAUGAGAUUCUGGAGGAAUAUUUCAAGGAAUACUACCUUGCGAAUCUAUCGGAUGAACAAUCAGAUUGGAUGUCUCUUUUCACCAGCGAUGAGGGACAAUGGUCAAGCAGAAAAUUUGACAGCGUGAUGCGGGAAUUUUCUCGAUUAUCAUUGAUUACGUCCCUCAAUACGGAGAGAAAGGACAUCGAGUCCGCAAUUAUGUCUCUCCAUCCACUUGUACGAGAUUGGAUUAAUCUACGCCAGGAUAUCAAUACAUACAAAACAAAUUUUGGAAUUUUUACUCGAAUUCUCGCGGCCACACUGUUACCAAGGAUGUGGGAAGAACCAUCCUCAUUCAAAGUCAAAUAUGAGUUGUCUAAUGCUCAAUCGCGACGAUUUGCUGGGCAUGUAAUUUCGUGGAUGAGAGUAUUUAGAGAAUACAAAUCGGAGCUACACCCUACUGUCAUCACUCCAUUACAAAAAGGGUUCUUAGCUGUGACUACAGCCGAGCGAUUAAUCGCCACAUAUUUAAAUUCUGUCAGUCAAUUCGACAUUGCCUACGAAUUAGCGCACUGGCUCUGGGAUUCUUGCGAUGUAUCGAAUCAUGAUAUGACGCGAGUCAAAUUUGAUAUUGGCAACCAAGAAAUCAUCUGUCUUCGCGGAAUGGGGUUCAUCGAAGAGGCGAAAGAAAGCAGCCGAGAGAAAUUACAAUAUUGGAGAACGAUAAUCGGCCCCGAUAAUCCUAACGAUGAAAUGCUAAGCAUUGCUCUCGAGAUGCUCAUACAAUCUCUAAAUCUCACCGUCAGUAAAAGGGAAAAGCAGGAAGUUCUUGAGCUCUGCAUGGGCGAACUAGAAAGGAUACCGAAUAACGAGAAAAACUUGUAUAAGCGACAUACACUCUUAAGCGAAGCCCUAUACGCAGCGGAAACUCUUGGUAAAAACGAUAUCUGUCGAAGAACAUUUGACACCAUGAUGGAAGAGAUGAGAAAAUAUCACAACAAUAGCUUUCGGGAAAUAAAUUGGGCCUCAAGAAGUUGGUAUGAUAUCACAUGGUACUCUAUCCGUUGCUGCGAUGAUCCCUACCUCGUAGACGAGCUCAGUCUAGCAGCACUCGAAUGGGCCGAGGAUAAGUUCGGCGCGUCAAGCGCCGACUAUGUUAUGUUCCACGUAUUAAGAGGACAGGCACUCGCUGGUAUUGGUAAGCUCGCUGAAGCGGAAACUAUGCAUAGAGAGUGCGCCCUAAUGGUUAUGGAGGGGAGCUUUGACCGCUCUAUUUACAGUGAGGUCUAUGAGAAAUUAGGGAGCGUUCUACAUAAAGAAGGGCGAUACGAGGAAGCAUAUGAAGCCAAUAAUCUGGCACUUCUACAAGCUCAAGGCCCCAAGUUACACAUUAACAUACUACGGAUUCUGAACGCUUGUGGAGAGGCUGCUAGGUGGUUCAACCUCGAACUAGCUAAUGCACAUCUCUCCGUAAAAUACUCGCUUAUUAAAGAGACGGACGCUAGGGAUGAAAUCGUCAAUGACAUCGCGAGGCUAUCUCAGAUAAAAUCGCAAAUUGGCACCGAGACAUCUGCCCGGGAAGCUCUAGGACUCCUUGUCGAAGGACUUGAAGUAUACGGGAUCGACGUAACUUAUUUCAACAAUACCACGCCGCGAGCGCAUUUGAAAGACACCGACGUCUCGAUAUACCUGGACGAUCCGGAACUACUACGGAACUUCUCAGCCGAUAGCGAAGUUAGCAAGUUGCUCAAUCAGCAGUUUGGGAUGUGGCAUGGCUUCGCUCUAUUAAUCCGAAUCGCAUCGCUCCUGUUCAAGACAGGCAACUUCUACGCCGCCGAGCAAACAUUUCAACUCUCCAAAGCUGCUUUCGAACACGCGAAUAACUGCGACAGAGAUCUUCGGGCCAACUUCGUGGCUUGGGUAUAUCACUACACGGAAAGUCGGUACGGGAUCGACGGGGACAAGCAAAGGGUUCGACAUAUCAUGGACUGGGCUAAACUCUACCUUGAUCCCGACUUACCAAUGGUGGUCGACCAAGAUUUGUCGUUGAGUGAGUGGCAUUUGUGCUUGCUCGAGUUGACUGAAAGCACUGCGGAGCAUGCGAAGAGGAAGAGCUCGGAGAUGAUGCAUAGACUAUCGGGCAAAUUCUCACGGGCGCUUUCUUUGAAACCGCAUCGCUCGUCUCGCUCGCUGUCUAUCCUAUCUUCUUCGCGCAAGAGUAUUAGAUCUACGCAUAGCAUUGCUAGAUCAGCUAUAGCUGAGAUGCCAUAACUAUUAUCCUCGGCAGGAUGCUUCAAAAGGAACGCAGACCCCUUCGAAUUCGUAUAAUUAUAAGUUGGAAAUGAUGAAGAGUAUAUAUCACGGAGGCGCAGAAUCCCCGUAUGCUUUUACGAUACUCCGUUACCAAAUAGGUACCUGCUUGGCUCUUAAAUGUUUUUAGAUGAGGAUAAGCUAUAGCGAUGGCGUUUAAGGUACACAGCAAUUUGACUUAGGUUAUCUUGAAUAGACAAGCUACCAUUCACAAUUUUC